GAGUGACCACCACUGGCUCAUACAGGGCGAUGAGCUGAAGCUGAGACAUCCUGUCGGCGAGGGCUUCUUCGGAGCCGUGUACAAAGCCUCGCUGACGAGGGACCACGGCGACACCGAAACGGUCGCCGCAAAGGCUCUUAACCCCGACGCCGGGGCUCUCGCUCUGGCUGAUUUCGAGCAGGAGAUCGAGCUCAUGAAAGAGCUCGACCACCCCAACAUCGUGAAGAUGGUCGGAGUUGUGCGCGACAGCGAUACGCUCAUGGUCAUGGAGUUCCUCGAGUUGGGCUCCUUACCCGCGUAUCUCGAGCUCAACAAGAGGAGCCUCGGCGACCGUGAGCUGAUCAAAUUCAGCUGUGACAUCGCGAGCGCCAUGGAGUAUCUGGAGCGGGAGAAAAUCGUCCAUCGUGACCUGGCCGCUCGGAAUAUCCUCGUCGAGUCCGAGUCGAAGGUGAAGUUGAGCGAUUUCGGACUCGCUCAUCACCUGCACGACGGGGCGAGUCAUUCGGCCAAGUCACGGGAUCGCUGUCUCCCGAUCAAAUGGUACGCUCCGGAGACGAUUCUGUGGAACAUCUUCACGAUCAAGAGCGACGUGUGGAGUUUCGGUGUCACCCUGUGGGAGAUGUUCACGUUCGGAGAGGAUCCCGUGGUGGUGUACUCGGCCAAUGCCACGGAAAUAGGGAGGACGCUCAUGGACGGAGCUCGCUUACGUUGCCCGGAAGCAUGUCCUCCCGAUGUGUACCAAAUAAUGCAGAAAUGCUGGGCCUCUGAAGACGAGCUGAGGCCGAGUUUCUCUUCGCUUUUGGCCGCUUUCCAGGAUAUGGUCGAAAGGAAAAAGCGAGUCCUGGCAAGCAGCAGAGUGGCAGGCUGA